AAUUGUAUUCAACAGAGGAGAGCCUGUACAGCUCACAGAUUACUGGUUCUGUUUGUGCUGUAGUAUUUUCUCUGGCAUUGAUGGAGGAAGUGCUAGGACAGUACCAAUGUGGCAUAAAGUAUUGUGGCAUUACAGUGGCAUUUUAGUGGCAUCCUUGUGAUACUGUAGUGUUUGAAUUCUGUGUGUGAUAUUCCUGGAAAUAUAGAUUUGUAUAUAAGAUUGUACAGGGACAUAUCAUUGGUAUCUACUGGGAGGCUGCAGUGUUUAUAUGUACUGCAUCAGCAGGGAUUGUACACCUCUCACCAAACAGGUAAAGGUCCGUUAUCACAGAAAUGAGGAGUCAAGUGAUGAAAGAUUGGAGCACAUAGAAUGAAGGAAAAAAACAUGAAAGACCAAUAUACUUGACAAUUAGUCUGACUUUUUUUAUUUAUUUACCUUUGGACUGGUGACCUUUUGACCCUUGACCUUUGUCACCAAGUCAACCUUCUUGCAACCAUGGGAGAGCCUUCAGCCAAAUGGAACCUUUUACAACUUGCCUUUGUAGCGGUCUACCCAGCAUGUCUGUCUUCUAUACGAAUGGUAGAUGGUAUGGCCCUACUCGCCCUGUAUGUGUUCCUGUUUAUAUUAUGUAUACCACCGAUGUUCAUACAACACAAACUGGGAGGAUACGAACAGAAAGGCAUUGUGGGUCUCUUCUCCAGAUAUCUUCCAAUAGCAAAGGGAGUAGGCGUGGCCUUGCUGAUUGACCUGUUCCUGACCUGUGUGUACUUUGCACCGUUGGUGUGUCACUUUGGGAUGUACGCUGUGAUUUCUAUGAUCCAGGAGCCUUAUCUAUGGGAAGGCUGUAGUAAUGCAUGGAACACAGACAAGUGUGUGGAGAAUCUACCUGUCACUGUUCACUCUCAGAAUGAGGGAGUGUAUUACAACCGAUUGUCUGGACAGACAUCUGAUGUUGCAAGACAAACACCAGAGAAAGAAUUCUUUAACCUUCAGUAUCUUCAGAUCACAGAUAAGAUAUCGGACAUCCGUGGUUUUCCAGUGUGGAAUAACACUGCUCCAUUCCAGGAUAUUGGUUUCUCCGUACUUCCAGUCGGCUUGACAGUUGUCUGGCUGGUAGUGUUCCUCAUUGUGGCAUUUGGUGGGCGUGUGUGUGGCUGGAUUUUGUUUGUGAUGUGCCCUGGAUUUCUUGGGACGCUUUUUGCUGUUCUGGUUUACGGCUAUAUGAACCUGGAUAAGGCUGCUUCAAACCAGUUCCUCGGCCGAUUCUACAACCUCAACUUUGAUGGUUUUGUAGACAUUCGUACCAAUAGAAAACUGAUCACGGAUUGGGAGAAAGGCUUCAGUCUUCUGAUGAAUUCGUUUCCAGUGUGGACAGCCAUACCUGCCACUCUGGGCAAAAUGACUGGACGUGGAAAAGUCAGUCGUAAUCUAGGCUGGCUACUCAUUAUACUAGUAUACGCCUGUAUAGUCCAGGUACCACAGCUGGCCAUGGCUCCGUAUCUAGGCAACCUGCUUGACAAAACCUCGUCUUCACUACCAGAGAGCACUUUCUUAGAUUUCAAUAAUGUGGGCAGUUCUUCAGGGAGCACUGUAGACAUUUGUAUCAAGGUCGUGUUCCAGGCCAUGCCAGCAGCCUUCUCUAUACUCAACAUACCCAAAGAGUAUGCCAUGCUCUUUUUCCUGUCUCUCUUCCUCAGUGGAGUCAUGUUCCUGUCGGUUGGGAUGCUGACAAUCGUUGACAAUAUUUGUGACAGUCUGUUCUCCCGUUCAUCACGUUUAUCGUCUCACAAGAUAGUCGUCAACUUUGUCAUCUCAUUUGUCAUGAUUGUACUUGCCCUGGGGGCAGGUUUCAUCCACAUGACCCAGGCGGGCAUGUACUACACAGUGCUGAUGGACCAAUCUGUCCUCAGACUUCGCUUCAUCACCGUGGCACUUCUGGCAUUCUCCAUUAUCAUAGUGUAUGUAAGAAAUCGUUUUGCUGUAGCAGAAAAGGUACUGCUGAGUAUAUGGUGUAUACUAGCUGCCAUAGGAGCUACAGGCUUUUGGCUGUACUCAUUUAUCAUCACCAAAAACAUCCCCAUUAGUUACGCUGGUCACCAAGUGUCUGAUCUCUGGGAACUGAUCAGCUGGUUACUAGCUGGUGUGCCAUACAUUGCCAUCCCUGCAGCGGCCAUUCACAGCUGUAUGCUGCACGAGGGUGACUGCAGUGAGAGGUCCCGUUACCUCCUGUGUGGCGGUGAUGAAGACGAUGACGACGAGGAAGAACCAAGGAAUUAUGAUGGUUAUUUUCCUACUGAGCCGACGGCUCCACCUUACAGCUAUAUGGACCCUGGUGGUCAACACUACAGCCAUUCUCUGUACCCUGUAGAUGAUCUACACAAGGCGACCUACGACCCUGAGAUGGAGCCACUAAACUCUGACGUACGGACAAGUCGCAUUUAGAUAUCACACGUUUUGAAUAGGAAUUUGGUGGCUUAUAGACAUCAACCAAAAUGAGCAAAGACUCCACACAAAGGGGCAGAUAACUCAAGUGAAAAGAAAACCACAUGAUGGGAUAUUGUUACUGUGCCCUUAUGAAAUGAGAUUAAUAGGAAUUCAGUUGAUCCCUCUCUACAAAACGUCAAAUGACUGAAUAUUAUAUCUCUUGUUUACACAGACUACAAUGAAAGGAGAAUAAUCUUCGGUAGAAGAGUGUAUAUAGAGUGAUCUCCCUUUGAAUAAUGGAAUUAAACUGUAUUUGAAGUUAUCAGGAUGUGUGGAUUAUGUACAGUAUCUGAUGUAGAUCGGUUGACCACAAAUCAUGAAUUAAUCUACAAAAGAUGUGCCAGUGAAUUCCUGCUAUCCCUUGUUAGAGCUUAAAGUCUGUGGAUGGAGUGAAUCCAUGGGCAGAUAACUCUUCAGGAUAGAUGAAUCCUUGUGAAAUGAAUGGAAUUAUUGUUUAUCUUCUCAGCAUUUGAUGUUAAAAGGUUCAUAUUAUUGCUUUUUUACUGUUUUAAUGAUGAAAUUUUAUAAUAGAAUCGAUGUUCAGAAAGAAAGUUCUCUGGAACAGCAACAAGUGUUACACUACAGCAGUGUGUCAGACAUGUUGGAGGAACUGUCAUAUUGUGUGAUUUAAUGACGGAACAAAUCUGUGACACAAAAAAAUGGAUCUAGUCAAUGUCUGUGUUUUGAUAUAUUGUCAAGGGAAGGCAACUAGGGCUCUACCAGGGGAGAUAAUUGCUGGCAAUUUUCACACUUCUGAAAAUGUUUGUUUGGUGUAAAAUUAUGCCAAUUAUGAUUUAUGGAAAAACAACUGAAUUACGAAAGUAUUGGAGAUGACUGCUGGGAGAUCAAAUGUUACAAGAUAAUGUAAUCAUGACUGUGACAGAUAUAUUUCUCCAGGGAUGCUGUGUACUCUGAUGUAGGAUGCGACUCCAAAAGCUCAAAGGGGAAGUAACUCUCUAAUAUCAAAACACUCAGGCCAUCAUACUAUGCCAUACACCACAGAGGCAUCUCAAAUCACCAUCCUGCCUUUUAUGGAGUGGUCAAAACUGAACAAAUUGUGAAAAUAGACAGACAGAGUUGGUGCAGUUUUGGCAGCAUCAUUGUCCCACCAAUUAUAAUAAAUGAUGAAAUGUUUGCCUUCUGUAAUCUCAACAACCUUUAUACAAGGGAGGUAAAUGAUGUAACAUCUUCUAAGUAACAAAGGAGGCAAUCCAAAUAGACAAAUUGUCAUAGAAACUGGCCUAUGUAGCGGGAUCUGCCUAUAAAAGUUACAAUUAGAAUAGAAAAUCGUCGGGAGAAAUUUAAUCACAUCAUCAGAUUUCCUAAAGCAAGCAAACUACUUGGGUUUUUUUUUUUUUUUUUGUUGUUGUUGAGAAAUUUGAUUCUUUUCUUGGUAAAGGGUCAUAAUUCAGGUCAUUGAUGUAAUGCUGGCAUGAAUAGAUAUCUAUAUUCUCUCAUCAGUGUCUACAAUUUGUUUAUAUGUCACUGCCAGUGUAAGCUAACUGCUAAGAGAGUUCAAAGUUCAACUGUCAGGCAACAUCAGUGAUUGACUAUUGAAGGUCAAAGGUUAACUGUCUGAAAAAGGUCAGAUGUUGAUUUAAUCAUUCAUUUUUGUAUCAUAUACAUUCAGUGCAAAUGAUUUUUCAGAAAUUUAUAGAUAUUAUCACUGAUAGUGUGUAUUGAAUGUUGAGAUUUUUUUAUAGCUGUUGGAUAUGUUCUAAUAUUGUGUGUAUAAUUACAGUGGUUACACAACUGUAAUGUAGAGAAUUUAUCACAGCCAACAUAUAUGGGAGAGUUUGAUAGAUAAAUUACCAUAUAUGGGAGAGUUUAAUAGAUAAAUUACCAUAUAAGGGAGAGUUUAAUAGAUAAAUUACCAUAUAUGGGAGAGUUUAAUAAAUAAAUUACCAUAUAAGGGAGAGUUUAAUAGAUAAAUUACCACAUAAGGGAGCAAUCAAUAUUUAUAGAUAAUUAUAGUCUUAUCGUUCUUAAAUCAUGGAUUUAUAAUGAUGUUUAAAGUAAACUUUUUCAGAGAAAAUCAACAAAACAAAAGAUUUCUGUACAAUUCAUAGUUUGCCUUUGAAGUCAGCCAAACAUUAAUGCAAAGUUUAGUGAAGACAAAAUUUCAAAUUACCAGAAAAGAAUUUUACACUACAGUGCUUCACAAAUUGCUUGUGAGAUGUAAAAAGUUUUGGUUCUGUUUUAUUUUGGCCUGAUUUGACAAGGAAGUAAGUUAGAAUUAUUUUUGUCACCUCAGGAAAUGGUUUUAUAGACGUUCUAAGGUCUAAAAAUCACAUACCUAAAACAGCUAGUCAUAUGACAACUAUUAUUGGUAGAUUUAGCACUGAAAAACUUGUUAUAUAUCUUAUUUGUCCAGUUUGAAUUUUCUUUUAAUUUUAUGUUUAGAGAUCUUUUUGUCGGAUAUCCUUAAGAUUCAAAAGUUUGUAAUAUUCUUUUGUAAUUUUGAAGCACAAAAAAUUUUUUUUUUCUAUUUUAAAAUUUAAAGACUUAUUUGAAAUUUUAAAUCAACAUUUUUUUUUUUUUUUUUUAAAUCAUAUCAAAGACCUUUUUUAAAAAUUUCAAAUCUACAACUUUUUUUUUCACUUUUUAAAAUCUUAAAUCAAUGACUUUUUAGAAAAAAAUUUAAUCAAAGGCUUGUUUACGAAUGGAAUGCUAUCACUGUCAUUUGGAAUAAACUAACAAUGUUACAUUAGACUGUUUAUUUAUAUUGAUAGUUUAUAAAGAACAAAUUACUAACAAUAGAUAAGUACAGUAGUAUAUAGAGUCUAUACAUGAGUUGUUAAACAACAGACAUCUGUGAUGUAGGACCAAGUUUGAUCAGAAGGUAAUCACAGUAACAUGUGACAAAUAUUGAAACUUAAUUUGUUCAAGCAGCACUUUUUUUAUCCAAAACGUGGUUGUGAAAUGGAUAGAGAUAAUUCUUGUCUAUAUAAAUGUUACUUUCCUUACAUAAAGCUUUUAUCAUUAUAAAACGAUGGCUUGAUGAGGGAAUUAGUUACAAAAUACUCAUAAAUUUAUGUCAAUCUACUGCUAUCACAUAUAGACGACAUAGUUACCUCAGCUCUGUGUCUUAUCAUUAUCUUCACUUAUAACAUGAAUUUAAUUUAAAUUUGUGUUCAGAUCCAUGUCAACGAAUAUCCAUUUUUAACUGUCAUUUUAUUGAAAAUUUUAAGACUUUUUUAAAAGGUUAUUGGACAUCAGUGAUCAAUUGAGGAAGGUUUUCGUGUUUUUUUUAAGUUGACCGGUAAAAUAUCAGAGAUACCAGUGUCUUACUGUUCAUUUGUUUUAACAAAGUUGUCAUCAGUUCAUUAAGUCACUCAUGAUAUGAUUCUGUAUCUUAUAGAAUUGAUACAUUUUAAAGUUUUUAAAUAAACGUAUUUGCUUUAAAAUAUUAACAGUAAAUAAGACUACAUUAUCCGUGUAUAUACUAGAUAUAACUAACACUAUAACGACAGUAUUAUUUAAAUGUUUUAUUCUUUCGUAAAUCAAUAAAUAAACAAAAAUUAGGAUGCUUUAUUAAAAUAGAUAUUUUGAAUUCAUAAAAUGUUGUAUGGUUGGCUUCUCAGAAUAUUUUUAAAAUUACUUUAUUUUGUUGUUUAGCAGGUCAGUAUAAUGUCAGAAUAUUUAUUUAUCAAUGUGUAGCUAAAGUAACGUAUGUUAGGUGAAAAUUUUACCCUCAGAUUUCACAGAUUUUAGAUACACACACAUAUGCUUUAAAUUUAAUUUUGAUGUAGUAAAAGUGGAUCUAGAUUUGUAAUACUACAGAUAUAACAGUUUAAAGGUUUAACAUUAUAUUACAGGUUUAAGUGUUUGUGCAUUAAUAUGUUAAAACAUUGAAUGGAUCUUGUCUCUGUCAACAUCCAACUAACUAAUUAGAAUUAAAGCUGAUACCCCAUUUCAGUAGGGAUACAUUUACACGUCAUUAUAGAUACAGUGAUGUUUGUUAGAAACAGAUAUCACCAUUAUAUAAGUAAAACAUGCAGUUUAAUUAGAAAAACCACUUAGUAUUUUCUUGUAUUUGACUUACCAAUUUUAUCUCAUUUUACCCUAUUUCAGUUAUGUUGUGUUUUUUCUUUCCUUUUUUUCUUUAAUGUAAAAUAUUGAAAUGGUUAAGAAUUUUUUUCAAAUGAAUUUAUUGUAAAAGAACUGACAUUUUAAUCCAAGACAAUUUUGUUGAUAUUCACUACUGAGAAGUAAGUUUGGUACCAGCUUAUGUGUUGUUGUAAUCAGGUACAUGUUUUAUAACAGGAGUGCUAGUUAUAGUUUGUCAGUAUUUUCCAUGAAUGCGUAUAGAUUUUUCCUCAAUGUGCAAUAACCAUUCCAUAUUGACCCUAACACCCCUGGUAUAUUCUGUCGGUCAGAAUCAACCCCGAUAAAUACGGGAUUUUAGUGAGUUACGUAUCAGUAGAUUUGUAAUGUUUUUGCUGAAUUGUAUGUAAAUUAUUUUUUUUAAUCGACUACAGAAUGAGGUAGGCUGGUUCAGUGUGUAGGUAUUCAUGGGAGAAACACACCAUCAUUAUUAAUGUAACUUUAUUUCAGUAAUGGUAAUUUAUUAAAAUGAAAUUUAAUAAAUUUAUAUGUGUUAUUAAAAGGAAAACACAUAAUUUGAGUUGCUUUUGUGCAAUGUUAUUUUGAAUUUUUACAUUUUUUCACUAUCAAAGCUUGAGCUGAAUGGUGGAAGGUGAAACACACUCAUGGACAUGACAUCACUAUACACAUAAUUCCUUCUAAAAAAAUUCAUUGUAUUUUAAUUCUGUGGUUUGUCUGUAGCCGCGAAAAUAAGGAAAUUUCCACACAAUGAGCAAGUCAUAUUUAACAUCACUGUAGAUUUUGUAACUUCAUUUCAACAUUACUAGGAUAAUUUUUGGCAGUGUUACCUACACAGAUGCAUUUCUUGUCAUAGCGGUUUGAAAUGAAGAGUGAAAGUGUUUACAAGGUCAAGUGCUUUAAAACAAUCCUUGUUAUGCUGGAUUAUUUUGAUUAUUUUAAUUUUUUAAAAAUGAUUUUAAAUCCAGAUAAAAAGUCAUGAAUCCAGCUCUUGAGGCAUUUUUCACACUUUAAACAGAUCAUGUUAUCAGAUAUCAGGUGGCCCUAACAAUAUCAGGUGAGUUGGCCACACUUGUAUUGGGUUAAAAGAAAUAACAGAAAAAAUCUUCUGAAUUCAAGUGAAUAAUAUAAUGUGCAAAAACUAUUUAAAUUUGAAGUAUGUCGGCAAACAUGCUUUCACUAAAAACAUUACAGAUUCUUUUAGUUUUGAUAAAGAAAUCAUUAAUGGCCUGAAAUUCUAAAUCUAAAAUUAUCACCCAUCAUAUUCUGUUAAAAUAAUUAUUGUGUACAAGUGUAGCUUGAGUGUGUCAUACUUAAUUUCACAUAAAAGAUAUUUAAACAACAUAAAAACACUAAGCUGGAUCCUUGUUGGAAGGGUCUUAAUCGAUGUGGAGUUUUAACUGUUUUCGUGUGAACCU